AUGCAGGGGAUUGUUCAAUACGUUCCUGUGAUUCUGGACCCCAACCCUGCCAACCCCUAUCUUAUCCUGUCUGAGGAUCUAACCAGUGUGAGAGGUGGAGAUCAAGUCAAGAGACACAAGAUGAACCUGUUCACCCUGCAAACUGUGAUGCUUUGGCUCUGUGCUGCUCGCACACUCACAACGGCAGAGCUGGUGAAGCUAAGCACUGUUGACUCUGUCGUUGUGCCAUGUCACCAGAGUGUCACCCUCCGAUGUGACAUCUCCACCUUCCAGAAGGGGCUGUCGAUCAAUCAUCUGGCCUGGGUCCGCCAGGACGGGAAGCACCUGUGUGAUGUUAACGGGACUGGAGUGACCGGGACCCACCCAGGGAGCACACCUAGUGCCAUGGAGUGUCGUUAUACCCCACAGACACAGCUGACCCUGACUCUGCUGCAGGUACAGCCACUGGAGCAGGGAAAGUACUUGUGCAAGCUGCGCUCCAGUCAUGGAGUAAAGGAGGCCACUACAACGGUGAAGCUGCAAGAGUGCUACAGGGAGGCCCAGCCCAGCAUCAAUGAUGAGGGCCCAACCUGCACCUUCACUGGGGUCUACCCUGAUGGAGAGGUGCACUGGUUCCAGGGACCCAACAACGUGACUGGGGACUCUACAAUCAACACUAAACAAGUGGAAGAGGGAGCGUCAUUGACUAUAACUAGUUCCCUGAAAAGAAAGACAGUCUCUGGGGAAGGGGCCUACAACUGCUCCCUGUGGAUCCCCAGUACCGGAGCCUACCUGACCAGCAGCUUAGUGGUACCAGAGCAUGUUAAAGCCAGGGCUGCGCAGCCCAAUGCCAGAGGUCCCAAGUGCUCAGCGGUUGCUGGAGCGCAAGAGCCCAAGAUGGUUCCGGAGUGUGACAGCGUUGCUGCAUCCAACGGGGACAAGGUGCACCAGGACCAUCGCAAGUUAAAUAUGGCAUCCCCCAGCAGUCUCCUGUCUGAAGAGCAGUUCCAGUGCUCUAUCUGUCUGGAUGUGUUCACUGACCCAGUCUCCAUCCCAUGUGGACACAACUUCUGCAAGGCCUGUAUCAAAGGGUACUGGGAUAGCACGGGCCUGUUCCAGUGUCCCCUCUGUAAGCAGAUAUUCCUCAUAAGACCUGAACCGAAUGUCAACAGAACACUCAGAGGAGUUGCAGAACUUUUUAAGGGAUUGAUAGUGAAAGACAGAGAGGAUUUCGCUACAGAGCCUGGAGAAGUGGUCUGUGAUGUCUGCACUGGCAGGAAGCGCAAGGCUCUGAAGUCCUGCCUGGUUUGUCUGACCUCGUACUGUGAGUCUCAUCUGGAGCCUCAUCAGAUAGCCCCAGCCCUGAAGAGACACCAACUGAUCGACCCUGUAAAGAACCUUGAAGACAGGGUAUGUAAGAAGCACAACAAACUCCUCGAGCUGUUCUGUAGGACUGACCAGACAUGUGUGUGUCAGUUCUGCUCUGAGACUGACCACAAGGCUCACAACAGCGUACCUCUGGAAGAAGAAUCUGACCAAAGGAAGUCUCAGCUUGGGAAGACAGAGGCACAAGUGAAGCAGAUGAUUCAGGAGCGACUGCAGAAGGUUAAGGAGAUCAAACACUCAGUAGAUCUCAAGAAGUGGGCUGAAGGUAUCAUUGAAGAACUGGAGCAAGAAAUCACUGAGCUGAAGAGGAUAAGCUCUGAGCUGGGGCAGCUGACACACACCAAGGACCAUCUCCAACUCCUCCAGAGCUCCCCAUCCUGGUGUCUCCCUGUAAAGGCCAAGGACUGGUCGGAGAUCAGUGUUGAAAGCCACCUGCACACGGGGUACAUGAAGAGAGCUGUAUCUCAGCUGGAAGACAAACUGACAAGUGAGGUAAAGAGAUUUCAUAAUGAGAUGGAGAAUGAGCUGAAGAAGUUGUGUGACGCUGAGAUGAAGAUUCCGCAGUAUGCAGUGAAUGUGACUCUGGACCCUGAUACAGCAUAUCCUGAACUAAUCCUGUCCGUGGAUGGGAAACAAGUGAGGUGUGGGGACCAAUCACAGAAUCUCUCAAAUAACCCAAAGAGGUUUACUUAUAUAUACAGUGUCCUGGGGAAGGAGGGCUUCUCCUCAGGGAAAUCUUACUAUGAGGUACAGGUGAAGGGCAAGACUGAAUGGGAUGUAGGAGUGGCCACAGAAUCCAUCAAUAGGCAGGAGUGGUUACCACUGAGCCAUGAGGAUGGAGUGUGGACUUUGGGGCUGAGUACAAAUAAUUACUAUGAGGCUAAUGACCCCAAAGUACAGCUGAGCCUGAAAAAGAAGCCCCAGAAGGUGGGGGUAUUUGUGGAUUAUGAGGAGGGUCGGGUCUCCAUUUAUGAUGUGGAUGCCACUGCCAGAUCUCACAUCUGCUCUUUCACUGGCCACAAAUUCACAGAAAAACUCUAUCCAUACUUCCACUGUGGGUAUCCUGAUGGUGAAAAAAACAUAGCCCCUCUGGUCAUCUCUCCUGUCAGUCAGAUGACUGGCCCAGUGCUACAUUAG